AUGCAGUGUGAAAAUGCUGACGAAAAUCUCUCCACCAAUCAAGGAUUUCAACAAUGCAUACCCAAAAUCAAUCAUAAAAUCCAAAUUAUAAGCGCUGAAAUACAUUUAAUACAAAAUUUCCGUGGUUUACUGCAAAAUUCUAUAUCAUUCAUUUCUGAAAGGUCUGAUGAAUAUUACAAGGAAUAUAAUUUCAGCUAUCACUAUUGAUAUUUUAGAAAAUGCGAUCCCACGACUACCCUAGACGGAAUAAAAUUUUGCCAAAACGACAUAAAACUUAUAGAAUGCCUAAAUAAGUUUUGCAAUAGCCCAUAUAAUAAUGCAGAUCAUUUUUUGGCUUCUUAUAAUGUUACUGUGCUAUGUAUGCUGGAUAGGAGAUUCAAUUAUUUUGCUAUGCUAAUGACUGAUGAGCAACUGAUGAAAAUUUCUGAAGUUAUUGAAGAAUUGGGUAUUUGAAGCUCUGAAGCAAAUUAUGAUAUGAAGAUUAUUUAUCAAUGAAUUAAAGGGACAUACUUAAAGAUUUUAGCAUUCAGAGCAAAAUCUCAAUCUGAAAAUACUAUAGAAGAAAUAGACAAAAAAAUAGUUUUAAAACAAGAAGAAGAGGCACAUCUGCAAAGAGAGUUGCAGAAUGUUAUAAACUUCAAUUAA